AUGUGGAACUCCUCACAUGCCAGCUUCAACGGCGACUUUGCCGUGCUCUAUGUCGCAGUUGAACAGAUCACAGACAAUCUUAUGACCUUCCUCCAGGGUCUUGUCACAAUGCGCAGACUUGCGCAUCUAGUUGUUGACAAAGCACACAUGGUGCUCACAGACGCUAGUUUCCGGGAGCCAAUCAGGCACAUCAUACGGUUUGCUCGGGAGCUCAAGGUGCAGAUCACCUUGCUCAGCGGCUCUAUUGGACCUCAACACGUAUCCCCCCUUCUCGACACAUUUGACCUCACCAAUGUGCAUAUCCUUUGCAUGCUGUCCUGGCGCUCGAAUCUAGAGUACCUUGUCUCCAUCCACCCACCACGCAUCAACUCAGCUGGCCAUCACGUCAAAUCCUUUGUCCAGGCAGCAGUCAAAUACAUUCAAUGGCGCUUAUGCCUGAUGAGUGGGUAUUCCUACAGAAUCAUCGUGUACUGCCGAGGCACGCAGGUUGCUUGCAAGUGCGCAGAAAAGCUAGGCGUGCAGCCUUACUACGCUGCCAUCGACACUGAGCUACGCCACGCCACGCUCAAGGCCUGGUAA